UUCCUAGUCGACCUUCUGCGUUCAAUGUACACACGGCAUCGAAAUAAUUUCUUCCUCCACAUAGCUCCCUUUAAAGCUCUGUGUUUAUCCUAAUAAUUUAUUCAUCUACAUAGCUCCUUUUAAAGCUCUGUGUUUAUCCUAAAAACUUCUUCCUCUACAUAGCUCCCUUUAAAGCUCUGUAAUACUGAUCCUCUUUUUUAUCAUAUUAACCUUAUGACAAAACGUAAAUUCCAUGAAGUGGAUAACGGAGAAAAUAAUUAUUUUUCUUCUUCUUCUUCACCUUCGUCUUCUUUGUCUCCUUCAAGAGUUCCUCCACCUUCUUCUUCUGUCAUCUGGACGCAUGAUGUAUUUCCUAGCUUCCGCGGGGAAGAUGUGCGGAAACACUUUCUAAGUCACAUUCAGAUGGAGUUCGAAAGAAAAGGAAUCACUCCGUUCGUUGAUAAUGAAAUCAAAAGAGGAGAAUCUAUUGGUCCCGAGCUGAUCAAGGCCAUCAGAGGAUCUAAGAUUGCAAUCAUCUUGCUCUCUAGGAACUAUGCCUCCUCAAAAUGGUGUCUUGAUGAACUUGUGGAGAUUAUGAAGUGCAGAGAAGAGUUGGGUCAAACUGUAUUGGCUGUUUUCUACGAAGUGGAUCCAUCUGAUGUGAAAAAUCUAGCAGGAGAUUUUGGGAGAGUCUUUAGAAAAACUUGUGCUGGUAAAACAAAUGAAUGCAUUGAGAGAUGGAGACAAGCUUUUGCAAAAGUUGCUACAAUCGCUGGCUAUCAUUCAGGCAGCUGGGAUAAUGAAGCGGCCAUGAUCGAGAAAAUCACCACUGAUAUUUUGGACAUGCUGAAUAAUUUCACACCAUCAAAUGAUUUCAACGGCUUAGUUGGCAUGGAAGCUCAUUUGCAAAAGAUGGAACCAUUGUUAUGCCUAGAUUCGAAUGAGGUGAGGAUGAUUGGGAUUUGGGGUCCUCCUGGGAUUGGGAAGACCACAAUCGCUAGAGUUGCAUUCAACCAAUUCUCCAACAGUUUUCAACUGAGUGUCUUUAUGGAUGAUCUCAAAGCAAACUAUUCAAGACUGUGUUCCGAUGACUACAGCUUAAAGUUGCAACUACAACAACAGUUUAUGUCUCAGAUAACAAACCAUAAGGAUAUGGUGGUUUCUCAUUUGGGAGUUGCCUCAAAUAGGUUGAAGGACAAGAAAGUUCUUGUUGUUCUUGAUGGCGUGGACCGGUCACUACAACUAGAUGCGAUAGCCAAAGAGCCUUGUUGGUUUGGUCCCGGGAGUCGGAUCAUAAUCACAACACAAGAUCAGAAAAAUUUUAGAGCACAUGGGAUUAACCAUAUUUACAAGGUUGAUUUUCCAACAAAUGAUGAGGCUCUUCAAAUCUUUUGUACGUAUUCUUUUGGUCAAAAGUUCCCUAAAGAUGGUUUUGAGGAGCUUGCUUGGGAAGUUACACAACUUGCUGGUGAACUCCCUUUGGGGCUACGGGUUAUGGGUUCCUACUGUCGUGGAAUGUCCAAGCAAGAGUGGAAAAAUUCGCUACCAAGAUUAAGGACUAGCCUUGAUGCUGAUAUUCGAAGCAUUUUGAAGUUCAGCUACGAUGCCUUAGAUGAUGAAGAUAAAGAUUUAUUCCUUCAUAUAGCCUGCUUCUUCAACUAUGAAAGGAUUCACAAAGUGGAAGAGUAUCUUGCAAAGAAGUUCUUGGAAGUGAGGCAAAGACUUAACGUCUUGGCUGAGAAAUCUCUCAUAUGGAUCGACGAAUGGGGAUAUAUAGAGAUGCAUGGUUUGCUAGAAAAACUAGGUAGAGAAAUUGUUUGUAAACAAUCUAUUUAUGAGCCUGGACAGCGCCAGUUUAUGUAUGACGAAAGAGAGAUUUAUGAAGUACUAACUGGUGCUGCAACAGGUAGUAAAAGUGUCAUAGGCAUAGAUUUAGACUACAGCAGAGAGGGUAAAGAAAUAGAUAUAACUGAGAAAGCCUUUGAAGGAAUGUCAAAUCUCCAAUUCUUAAAAGUAUAUGGUGCUCCCGAUACACUGCAAUUAACUCGAGGUCUUAACUAUUUGUCUCAUAAACUUCGAUUACUACACUGGAGUCAUUUUCCAAUGUCAUGUUUUCCUUGCAAUGCAAACUUGGAGUUCCUUGUCGAACUAAUCAUGAUUGGCAGCAAGCUUGAGAAGUUAUGGGAAGGAAUUAAACCGCUUCGAAGUCUGAAAUGGAUGAAUUUGAGUGGUUCUGUAAACUUGAAGGAGCUUCCUGAUCUCUCAACUGCCACCAACCUUGAGAAAUUGAAUCUGAAUGAUUGCUCAAGCCUGGUGAAGCUCCCGCCCGCUAUUGGGUAUACAAAUAAUCUUGAGAAAUUGUAUCUUCGUCAUUGCUCGAGUCUAAUCAAACUCCCUUCUCUGAGUGGAAACAGUCUGGAGAAACUAGAUAUCAGUGGAUGCUCAAGUCUUGUGGAGUUUCCCUCCUUUAUUGGGAAUGCAGUUAAUCUCCGAGAAUUGGAUCUUAGUAGUUUUCAAAAUCUGUUGGAGCUCCCUUCCUAUGUUGGGAAUGCCACCAACUUGGAGAAUUUAAAUCUUGGUCAUUGCUCAAAUCUGGUGGAUCUUCCUCUCUCUCUUGGAAACCUUCAGAAGCUGAAAGAACUGAGAUUAAAAGGAUGCAGUAAGCUAGAGGUUCUCCCCACCAACAUCAAAUUGGAAUCUUUGGAUCUACUUGAUCUCAGUGAGUGCUCAAGUCUUGAUCUCGGUGGAUGCUCCAUUAUCGGAAAUGCUGUCGAUCUCAGAACAUUGGCCAUUAACAAUCUACCACAAUUGUUGGAUCUCCAUUCCUUUAUUGAGAAUGCCAUUAAUCUCAAGAACUUAGAACUUAGUUUCUCAAAUCUGGUAGAACUUCCUCUCUCUCUUGGAAACCUUCAGAAGUUGCAGCGGCUGAUGUUAGUAGGUUGCAGUAAGCUAGAGGUUCUUCCCACCAGCAUCAACUUGGAAUCUUUGGAUGAACUUAGUCUCUGUGAUUGCUCCAUGUUGAAAAGCUUUCCCCAUAUCUCCACAAACAUUAGAUAUCUUAACCUCAAAGGAACUGCGAUAGAACAAGUGCCUCCCUCUAUCAGGUCAUGGCCUCGUCUUAAAGUGUUUCAGAUGUCAUACUUUGAAAACCUCAAGGAAUUCCCUCAUGCUCUUGAAAGAAUCACAUGUCUGUCUUUGACCGACACAAAGAUACAAGAGGUUCCUCCGUGGGUCAAGAAAAUCUCUCGUCUAAGGGAUUUCGAGCUCAAUGGAUGCCGAAAGUUGGUAUCACUCCCGCCGAUUUCAGAGUCCAUCAAUUCCAUUGAUGCAAGUGACUGUGAGUCCCUGGAGAUGAUAGAGUGCUCCUUUUCCAAUCCACAUGCUUGGUUCCACUUUUCCAACUGCUUGAAACUGAAUCAAGAGGCGAGAGACCUCAUCAUCCAGACUAGUAGUAGAUAUGCAGUCUUACCAGGUGGACAAGUGCCUGAAUACUUCACUCACCGAGCUACUGGUGGAGGUCCAUUGACAAUCAAGUUGAAUGAAAAGCCUCUUUCCAAAUCCAUGAGAUUUAUAGCAUGCAUCUUGCUGGUUGAUAAAGGUGACCACGACGCUUGCUCUGAAAAGAAAUCGACGCAAGUGUUUGUUAUGUAUAAAAAUAACAGUGAAGUUUUGUUUCCGGCUUUAGCAGAGCACCUGUACACAUUCCGAAUCGAAGCCGAGGUUACUUCAAGCGAGCUUCUCUUUGAGUUCAAGCUGAAAACGGAUGACGUUUGGAAGAUAGGAGAAUGCGGACUAGUCCUAGACUUGUAAGUGGUCCCUUGAUAUUGAUGUGAGCUUGAGCGGUGGUGACCAUGGCGGAUGUGAAACAUACUCUAAUGUUAAUUGGUCUCUCUGUUUAUUGUUCUCUAGCGUAUUCCUCUGUUUUUUUUUAUUUUGGGAUGUGGUGGUUUUUCCCGACAGAACAGAGACAUGUUAUCUACUUUUUCUCUCUCUUCUCAUUGUUCAUUUAAUUCAGAAUCCAUACUUUACCUACCAUAUAUGAUUUUGUCAUAUAAUUCCCUGAGUACAUUUUUACACAAUGUACUUAAUUGAUAAAAGACUUUCAUUGUGGCU